GUCAAAAGAGGUGCAAGGUUGGGUGUGUCUAGUUGGUUUUAAUAGAUCUUGUGGUUGGUGGAAGUGUUAUUAGCUUUGGUCCAAAACAAAUAUAUUCAGAGAGUGAGAGAGAGAGAUUAUAGAAAGACGACGACGACGCUUACCCAAAAUCUCGAAUCCCUAGGUUUUGGAUUUAAAAAGAAAAAAGAAAAGAAAUGAGCUUCACCACCCAGCCAAGUGUUCCAAAGAGUACCAAACCACCAACAACAACUUUGAACCCUCAUGCUGCUGAGUUUGUUCCAUUUACUCUACGCUCUCCUUCAUCAUCAAGACUCUUAGCUGAAUCAUCUGCAUCACGCCAUUCAGAUGAUGAAGCGAGUCAGUUCUGGAAUCACCAACUUCCUGAUGACAUCACCCCAGACUUCAAGUUGAUGACUCUAGAUGACAGUUCCUAUGAUGAUUCUGAGAGUUUCUCACUAGCUGCCUUGUCCUUGAACGAAGCUGAACAGUUUCCUUCUGCUGAGAGGGAAAGAAACCCUUUUGGUAGGAACUCAAGAGACAACGUAGGGGAAAUGGAGGUGGACCCAGUGGAUUAUCUUGCAUCUCAGUUCCCUGGAUUUGCUGCUGAAAGUCUAGCACAAGUGUAUUUUGCUAACGGCUGUGAUUUGCACUCCACUAUUGAGAUGCUUACUCAGCUCGAGCUACAAGUGGAUGGUGGUGGCAUGAAUCAGAAGAUGAGCCCAAAGAGUUUUGCUGCUCCUAAUCUUACUCCCAUGGAUUUUCCUUCCCUUAGCCCUCAGGGGCAGCAAAACGACAACAACAUGUUUUUCUCCUCAUCAGUUUCUCAACCUGGUUCAAUCGACUAUGCCUCUGCUGUGAAGAAGUUAGCAUCCCAGGACUCUGGUAUGUGGAAAUAUGAACGAGCAGACUCCUCAUCUAUUGGCUCCAGCAGAAAUUCUCAACCCUUGCCUGGUGCUGCUUACAAGAGGAGUAUAUAUUCUGAUAAGCUGCCAAAUCGACCUGCUCCUGUCUGGCUUGAGACCGGGGACGCAGUUGGGAAUAUGUAUUCUGGGUAUCGCGAGGAAGCACGUGACUACGCACGUCUAAGGAAUGUAUACUUUGAACAGGCACGACAAGCAUACCUUGUUGGCAAUAAGGCCUUAGCUAAAGACCUAAGUGCCAAGGGACAGUUGCAUAACUUGCAGAUGAAGGCUGCUCAUGAGAAAGCUCAAGAAGCCAUUUACCGUCAGAGGAACCCAGGGGGUCAAGGGGGGAGCGAGAGAAUGAUAGACUUGCACGGGCUACAUGUGAGUGAAGCACUUCAGGUGUUGAAGCAGGAGCUGAGCGUGCUGAGGAGCACAGCUCGAGCAACACAAGAGAGGCUUCAGGUUUACAUAUGUGUAGGGACUGGCCACCACACUAGGGGCUCCCGCACACCUGCUAGACUCCCUGUUGCUGUUCAGCGCUACCUUCUUGAAGGAGAAGGCCUUGACUAUUCCGAGCCUCAAGCUGGUCUCCUUAGAGUCAUCAUAUAAGGAAAGAUGUGGCCGAAUGCUAUUCAUUUUUGUUGUAUCUGUUCUGUACAUGGGAAGAGAAAGAGAGUAGCUGAAAGUGAAAAAGUAAGAAAAAAAAGCAAAAAUGUUUUAGGUUUGUUCAGAAAAUAACAUUUUGUAGCAUCAGAGGAUCAACUAUACACCUCUUACGUUAUCUUUUUGUGGGGCUUUUAUAUGAUGUUUUUGUUGAUUCUCUA